AUGGCCAUGGGAUUGCAUUUUCUGAAAACCCAAUUCAUUCUAGCAAUUCUGCUUUCAUUUGUCUCAAUAUCAAUUUCAAGUUCUAUCCCAAUAGCGAUGCCAAACUGUAUGGAUCGUUGUGGAAAUGUAAAUAUUCCCUUCCCUUUUGGCACUACAGAAGGAUGUUACCAUAACAGUACAUUCUUAGUCACUUGUAAUGAAACCUACAAUCCUCCCAAAGCAUUUGUACAAAACUCAAACAUCGAAAUCACUAACAUAUCCCUGGAGGGCCAAUUGCACCUCCUAAACUACAUAGCGAAAGAUUGUUAUCAGAAUGGCACCAGAAUCCUAUAUGUCACUUCCCGGAUAGAAUUAAUAUGGGGCCUCACUAUCAACAAUACUGCGAAUAAAUUGACCGUGGUUGGUUGCGAUACAAAUGCUUUUGUGCAUGGUACGCGGUUUAACAAUAAAUUUUAUCGGACAGGGUGUAAUUCGUAUUGCGGAUCCAAGGGGGAUUUGGCAGACGGUAUGUGUUCUGGUCUAGGCUGCUGCCAAACUUCUAUCCCAAGAGAGGUGCAGAUAGCAAACCUGACAUUGCAGAGCUAUGAUCAAUUCAAAAAUGUGGGGGAUUUCAACAAUUGCAGCUAUAGUUUCCUUGCUGAGGAAAGUGCAUUCAAUUUUACUCUAAGUAGUCUUUCCAGCCUGAGGAAUGUAACAAGUCUUCCUAUGGUGGUUGACUGGGCGGUUGGAGAUGGAACUUGUGUGGAGGCUCGAAAUAACAUGUCUAGUUAUGCAUGUCAAAGUUCAAAUUCCAAGUGUAAUGAACCCAAUAAUGGUUAUGGGUAUCGUUGUUAUUGCGAGGAGGGUUAUCAAGGAAACCCAUACCUCGUUGAUGGCUGUCAAGAUAUUGAUGAAUGUCUAGACCCGAACAAUAAAUGUGAAAAGGGAUGUGAGAACUCAUCGGGAAAUUAUAGCUGUAUUUGCCCGAAAGGUUACCACGGCGACGGGUUGAAAGAUGGACGAGGUUGCAUUCGUGGUGAAUCACUUGUCUUCAAACUUGUUGCAGGGAUUGCUCUAGGCUUCAUUGUUCUUCUGCUUGGUGCCUGUCUAAGACUAUCAAGAAAACACUAUUCGGUACAAACUCAACCUAAAGCAGAAGAGAUGGAAUCCCUUCUCUUCUGGCCAACAAAUGCCUUAGCAAAUGGUGAAGGUAAUACCAUAGGUACUGGUUAUGAUAGCACGAGGGAUCAUAUACUGUUACCAAUGGGUGGCGGUAGAUGA